CUUGAAAUUGCAUCAUCGGAACUAAAAUCAAAUCCAAACAAAAUUUCUUACAAAGAUGCCUUAUGGUUUGGUGCAGAGAUAGGAGACCGACACACAAGGUGUCUAUUGAAUUCAUUAUUCCAACUGAUUGUACUGCUUAUAAAGAUGUAAACACCUGCAUUUUCUCAUUUUUGCAGACACGUGUGUCACUAACACACAGGAAAAAAAAGUAUUUCAUACCAAGAAUACCUCUAAUCUCUGAAGAUCUGAAUCUCACACCUACUAUUUGCUGAUGAUUGUAUCUUGUUUAUUGAAGCAAAGGAUGAAUCAACAGAAGUUGUGAGACAAGUAUUGUAUGCAUACGAAUCAUCGGCUGGACAAAAAAUUAAUUUUGAGAAGUCGAGAUUGUAUUAUGAAAAAAAUGUUGAUCUGUCUAUUCAGUCCCAAGUAGCAAGUAAGAUGGGAGUGAAAAUAGAUGAUGGGAAAGGGAAAUAUCUGGGAAUGCCCUACCUGAUUGGAAGAUCGAAGAAUGAGGUGUUUGUCUAUAUUAAAGAGAAAAUCAAAAGGAAAUUAGAGGGACGGAAGGAAAAAACUCUCUCUAUGGCGGGGAGAGAAAUUCUAAUAAAGGCAGUUAUACAACCAAUACCAAAUUAUGUGAUGACCUGCUUCAAGUUGCCUAAAUCUUUCUGCUGUGAAAUAAUGGCUCUGGUCAGGAAUUUCUAGUGGGGGAGCAAAGAAGGGGAGAAAAAGAUAUGUUGGACGAAAUGGGACGAUUUAUGCAAACCUAAGGCGAAAGGUGGAAUGGGUUUCCGAGAUAUAGAAGCUUUCAAUUUAGCCUUACUUGCUAAACAGUGCUGGAGAAUUCUGAAAAACGGUGAUUCCUUGGCUGCAAAGGUAAUAAAAGCGAAAUACUUUGGAAAUGCAGAGUUUUUAAGAGCUGAGUUGGGACGUAGUCCUUCUUAUAUUUGGAGAAGUCUAAUGAAUGGCAGAAAGCUACUUAAGGAGGGCAUAAGAUGGAGGGUUGGGAUGGGAGAAAGAUCAAUGUUUGGAAGGAUCCUUGGAUUCCCGGACCCACAACAUUCAGAGUUAUAAGUCCACACAAUAGGCGUCUUAGAGAGGUAAGAGUAGCAGAUUUAAUUGAUUUUCAAGCUGGACAGUGGUCUAUGCGGAAACUUCAACAGCAUUUUCUGGAGUUUGAAGCGCAGGAAAUCUCAAAAAUUCCCCUAUAACCAGCUGGCCUGAAGAUGAGUGGAUAUGGCACUACAAUCGGAAUGGGGAAUUCACAGUAAAGUCAGCUUAUAAUCUGGCCGUCAAUCAUAAGAAUGGAAACAUUGAAGGGGAGACAUCUUCAAUUGUCGAAGUAGAAAAGAUAUGGAAGAAACUAUGGAGUCUACAAAUCCCUCCCAAAAUUAAAAUAUUUCUAUGGAGAUUAUGUAGAAGAAAUCUGGCGACCAAGCCAGAACUAAGGAAGAGGAUGAAGUUUGUUGAAGCAAAAUGUAGCUGGUGCGGGAUUGAAGAUGAAUCAGAUAGACAUCUAGUUUUUGAAUGUCAUUGGGUGAAGAAUAUUUGGAAAGAUGAAUUGUUAGAUGUAAAGAUCUAUAGUAAGGCAUCAGGUUUCCUUGAUUGGUUAUGGAUGAAGUCUUAUGAACAAUGCAGGUUGGAAGAAAUAGCUGCAGUUCUCUGGCUCAUCUGGAAGAGCAGAUAUCGGGGUAUUCGGAGAGAUCCAAGAAUGAUCACUACUCUUGCCAAACAAAUAGUUGAAGAGUUUAAACUGUUCAAUGGGAAAAACGAAGUUGUGAAGGAGGAUCAUAAUCUAACAUGGAAAACUCCACCGUAGAAUAUAUUGAAACUAAAUGUUGAUGCAACUUUUAAAGAUGGAAAGAAGGAAUUGGAAUAGUAGUGAGAAAUGAUAAAGGGGAAAUUGAAGCUGUUUAUGCCGAACCGGCUUAUCAUAUUGUGGAUGCUGAACAUGCCGAAUGUUUGGCGUUCUUAAGAGCCUUCACUUUAUCACAUGAUCAGGGUGUUAUUCAUUGCAUAAUUGAAGGAGAUGCUAUCAACAUUGUUCACAAGGUGCUGAAACUUGAUAAAGACCUUUCAAGUAUCGGACAUAUCGUUGAAGACAUUAGAAAAUUGAAAGAUGGUUUUGCUAGUUUGGUGAUUAGUCAUGUAAAGCGAAGUUGUAACAAAGUAGUCUAGAAGAAUCAGCUCUAGCAUUCUAGGGUUUGAAGAAGGUAAAGUGUAAAUCUGAUUUGGGGAAGAAAAAGGAAAUACGUGUAUCUUAU